UGGUUAACAACAACAACGAAUGCCAUUAAAUGAAAUCUACCUUCUUAUUUGUAUCAUGGACUGGAAGUGCUUUACUAAAAUCCGACUUUUAUGAUUAAAAAGUCGAUUUUUGUCGAAAGUCGAAGUCGACUUUGCCAACCCUGCACUACUUGGUUAUAAUUCAUCAACAACGUGCUGCAAGUUUUAUAUUUGGCUAAUAAAUAGACCUAAAAAAAUAAUAAAAACUUCAGAAAAUCUGGCGGAAUUAUGCUAUUGUUCUGCCCGACUUGUGGCAAUAUAUUGAUGGUUGAACAGGAUACAGCAGGGCACCGAUUUUCAUGCAAUACAUGCCCAUAUAUUUGUAAUAUAAAACGAAAAAUUUCAACUCGAACAUUUCCACGAUUGAAGGAAGUUGAUCAUGUCAUGGGUGGUGCAGCCGCAUGGGAAAAUGUAGAUUCCACCGACGCUGAAUGUCCUGCGUGCUCUCACAAAAAAGCUUAUUUUAUGCAAAUGCAGACCCGGUCUGCGGAUGAGCCAAUGACCACAUUUUAUAAGUGUUGCAAUCAAAUUUGUGGCCAUAACUGGAGGGAUUAAUCCUGUUAUAGGCUUU